CAGUACCCGGGAUGGACGGUUGGUCGCUACACAAACUCUAGAAUGCUGUGGAUGUUACUGCUUGGAACAGCCAUCACAGCGAGAGCAGAAGAUGAGAAGUGGAGAUGCCCUGAUGUUACCAACGCCUCUUGCUCCUGCGACCUACCGCACACUCUCCGAUGCACAGCUUCCUACAAGACCUUUCCAGUCAUUGCCGACUGCCUUCGUAAAUUAGCUCCACCACUCUCCGUCUCCCUACUUGACUGCACAAUUCACGAUCUGGAAAUCAUAGAUGGUCCCAUGUUAAAGGGGGUAUCAUUGCACGGUCUUGUGGUAUCAUCUGGAGUUUUAAAAUCCAUUUCAACAGAUGCGUUCAAAAAAUUGAGCAAGCCACUGGAAGCAUUGGGAUUGCCGAACAAUCAGCUUAAAUCUGUGCCAACCCAGGCAUUGAAGCAUUUGAUCUCAUUGACGAGGCUAGACCUUUCACAUAAUAUUUUACACUCACUACAUGACCACUCCUUCAAGGGCUUAAAAUCAUUGGAAUAUCUUGACCUUAGCGGAAAUCACUUAGAAAACGUGAGUUCUUCCACAUUCGUCCAACUCCCGAGACUAAAAAUAUUGCGACUACAGUCUAAUGGAUUGACAAGCAGCAGUAUCACGAAACUGCGUGGGCUUCUUCAUUUAGAAAAGUUAGACCUUAGCACUAACGCAUUAAUGGGCCCCUUAAACUUUUCGUCGUUUCCAAGUCUUCCUAAUCUACAUGAUCUGAAUCUCGCCCAUAACCAGAUAAGCAGUGUUGCGAAAGAAGCUCUAAGCAGUCUGGAAUCAUUGAAGUCUCUCUCUUUGAAAUACAACAUGAUAGAUGUUCUUGAAGACAAUGCAUUCCGAGGUUUAUCUAUGCUAACCUCCUUGGACUUAGCCCACAACAGAAUGGUCGCUGUUUCUGAAGCUUCCUUGGCCCAUUUAACAAAACUGGAAUUUUUAGAUGUUUCGCACAACUUUUUAAGAGCUUUGACAUCAGAUCUUAUUUCCCCAUUAACCGAAUUGAAGGAGCUGAGGCUAGAUGAAAAUGACAUAUCAAUUAUUACCAAAGAUGCAUUAGAAUCAGCAAUAAAAUUGGAAAGAUUGACGCUAGCUGAGAAUCCUCUGAACUGCGAUUGCAAUCUAUCUCAGUUUGCUGAUUGGUUGCGUAAUUCGACACUCAGCAAAAGGGAUAAGAACACAGCAAUUUGUGCAACACCACCAACUUUAGAAAACGGUUUGGUUGAACAAAUUCCUCCUGAUAAACUUGUAUGUGGGUCACAAGAUGACAUACCGGUCAGCACUGGUCACCACCCGAUGCCAGUUUCUGGUUCCAGAGUGAUCUUGCAAGGAUACAACUAUGAUGGAAAGAUGAUGUAUCUAUUGUGGAAUAUUCAGACUGUAGGCUUUUAUCAAUGUCAGUCUCUUUACGUUUAUGAAGAGUUAGGUGCCCAUGAGUUACUUUUGGAGCAUAACGAUUUACAUUGUAACUCGACCACGUUAGCAGAUCCACACAGUCUUCCAAUAUCAUGGCAAACAAAUCAUUUACAGAAAGGACAUAAAUAUAGAUACUGUGUCGUUAUGGUUGAGGAAAAGGAUACUGAAUCUGCACUGAUAUUGGGCUGUAGUGAAGUGAUAACUUUAGUUGAGCACAUUGCACCACAAAUAACUUCACUAAAGGCGAACCUCACUUCAUCACUAACGAUGACAAUAAAAGCUCAAGUUUGGCCUCAUAAUGUUCCAUGCUCCAUUACAGUUCACAUCUCUGCUGUUUCGAAAUUCUUCAAGCAAGCCAAGCUCAAUUGUUCCUCUCUUAAGGUUAAUAUUCAAGAUCUUCCGAGUACAGGGCCUUAUAAAAUAUGUGCUUUGAUAUCUAAUUUAGCUCCUUAUUGUAUCUGGAUUCAUCCAAAUUACGUCGGAAACAUAGAUAAGGGAAAUCAUAAUUCAUUUUUACUAUUCCUCACUAUACUUAUAUUUAUAUUUAUAUUAUUAGCAUAUAUAUUAAUCCGUUGGCUCAAAAAUAUACUUAAACGUUCUAAGAUACAUGAACAAUGUUUCCUUCCAACCCCGCAAGACGAACAACAGCAUUCAAGAUACGUCAAAUUACAAGCAACCACUAAACUGUAAAGUUAUAACUGCUGUAAACUUUCCGCUUGUGGUGUUUUACUAUCCAACAUAAAGUCGACUAUAUGUGCCAGAGUGAGUGCUCAACGAACUCAGCUAAGAAGUAUCAUUCUUUGUUUUUUUUAACAACGAAAAAUAAUACUCAAAUUUUAAGUUUUAGGUCAUAUGUUUAUUUUUUAACGUACUAAAAGUCUAUGAAAUAAUAUUAAAAUGCAUAAAAUUUGUAAAAAAUAUUUUUCUCUAAACCCCAUCAUUAGAAUGUCAGAGAAUUUAUCUUAAUUUUCUUAACAUAAUAGGAUUACGAACGAAGUGAAAACUCUCAAUGAGUACGACUGUCAAUAUUUUAAAUCUAGGGGGGAAAUAAGCAGUUUUUCUUGGAUUCAUAAGGUUUUUAAACAAACCACUAAUGACGCUAGAAGUAUUGUUAUCUCUAAUGAAUACUAUUUUUUAUAUUAGACGUGCUAACAUGCUAAAAGUUACUAAAAUUUGUUAUAUAAGUAUGUUCAUCUAAAUAUGUAUGUAUAUUUAUAUAAAUUUUCAAAAUACAUAUAUAGGCAUAUUAGCAAAAAUAUCAAACUUUAAAUUGUGUUUUGUGUCUUUUAGACCCCUGUAAAUAUUGUAUAGUUUGUAUAAUUAAUAAUGUAAACUUUUGUAUAUAAUGUCAUUUGUAAAUAAUGUACAGCAUACUAUAUACUAAAUAUAUUUAUUGUCAUAUAAAAUACAUACAUGAUGGUUACUUU